AUGUCUUCUUUCAAAGAUGCUCAGAGAGCUAUUAAGGCAGGCAGUACAGAUCAGUGGGGUUGUAUGGUAGAAGUUGCAGAGAACAAGAAUAGUGCCGGAUUAGGUUUUCAACAAGGGUCGUUCAACGUCAAAGAUGAAGAAGUACAACCGAGUUUCCCUAGUGGAGAGUUCAUUCAUGAAACCGACAAUGAACUCGUUACCUUCUUGGAACAACCACCCUUCGGUCACCCCGGAACUCUCAAGGACCCCUCCCCUGAGGUGGAAACGCAAGAUGAAAAAGACGAUGACUCAUCCAAGUCAGAAAAGGAAGUAGCUGCUGAGGGAUUGUGUUCUCUUGGCAAAAAUGUACCUAGCAAAAAACUAGCAAGUAUGUCUCAUGAAACUACUAAGGAUAUUAUUGAUUUGGAGGAAGAAAGUUCUGAAGAAGAGGAUGACACCUUGGUCCAUCUUGUAAAACCAAGUGUAGAUAAGAAACUGAGAACCAGAAAAGGGAAGACUAUGGCUGAAAUGAGGACAGUAAGAAGAGAGAAAAAGGUUGUUGGUGUAGGACCAUCCAAGUCUUGGAGUAAAGUUGAGAGGAGAAUAGUCGUUGAAAGAGAACUAGGAAAAGAGGUUGUUGAGGUAAAGGAAGUUAUGGAAUUGAUUAAGGCUGUUGGACUUAUGAAGACAGUUGUUGGUUUACCCCAAUGUUGUGAGGGGUUGGUAAAAGAAUUUGUUGUGAAUAUCCCUGAGGAUAUUUUUGAAAGGAUCAGUAGGGAAUUUUGCAAGGUUUUUGUAAGGGGUAGGUGUGUAAGAUUCUCUCCAACCAUUAUCAACAAGUUCCUAGGGAGAGGAACUAAUGGAGGAUGGAUUUAG